GUCAACCAUCGACGUCUUUAUAGAUUACUGCAUUCGGCGCUUCUCGUCCAUCCGUGACUCCAUCUCUCGGCUUCUCACCGCUCUUCAUCGUGAUCGAUUUAAGACGGUGGAUACGAAAAACAUUUCAUGUCUAGCCCCGCAGGGUUCACGAUCCUACAGAGAAAGAGUAGACUGGGUAGUAGCCGUGGCCCCUAACCCUUUGCAUUCGCGCCUGCAGUCAGCUUCUACCAAUCGCUGCAAACCAACAUCCGGAGCACGGCCUAAGCCUUACGCCGCUCUGGCCUUGUCCGGACUUCACUUCGUAUCUCGUCUUCAUGGCAUGACGGGACUGUUGAUCGGAAACCCAGCACAGACAGCCGACGGACGCUUAUGCCGGUAUUGCAUCGAACCCCAGCACGCGACACGUCCGGCUGCGAGAUAGAGUGCGCUGGCGCUACGCUUGUGGCUUUGGCCUGCUGACAUCAUAGGUCGUGGUACUUCGGAUGAGUGAAAGCCAGUAUGUCCCCGGAAAGCAAUCCUAACGCGAAUUCUGGGGUGGAUUCCAAUGGCAAGAAGUAUGUGAGGAGAAAUCAUAGGAAGAGUAGGGCCGGAUGCCAGAACUGCAAACGGCGACGUGUCAAAUGUGACGAAGAGAAGCCUGCAUGCUCGAAUUGCAUCCGAUUCUCUAUCAAGUGCGACUACAACCCUCUCCCGAAGAACAGCCUCUCUCCAAAUGACAUCGUCUCCUCGUCUCCAUCUCCGAAUGACCUCAAUGACACUGUCAUUCCCCGCCGCCGUGGACGUCCUCGCAAGAACUGGGAGUCUAUUUCUGCCGCCGCCAAUGCCAAAGCCGCACAGGAUAGCAAUAACGAUAACCUGAGCACCAUCUCCGAAGACCCCAAGGAUAGUAGACUGUCCCUCGCAAGUGUCCACCAGCAUCUGAAUGUGGAGGAUCUAGAGCUACUAUGGCACUACAUCAUGAACACCUCUGCAACGCUCGCCGGCGACACCCUGGGACAUCACUUUUAUCAGACACAGGCUAUGCAAGUGGCCUUCCGAUUCAGCUUUGCCCUUCACUUCCCACUCGCUCUAGCCGCAUUGCACAUCGCUCGUUUCGACAAGUCCCGUGCAGAACAUUAUUCCUAUGUCGCCCAGCGACACUACACAACUGGCAUUGAAGAGCUCACGCGUGUUUUGCCUUCGGUAAAUAGCGAGAACUGCCAAGGCCUAUACGUCGCUUCUGUUCUCGUCAGCAUCUACACCUUCGCCAUGCAGCCGCGGCCUGGCGACUUCCUAAUCUUCAACGACGUUGGUGGUCUCUCUCUCUGGCUCCCCUUGCUCCGAGGUGUGCGUAGCAUCAUAACAACUGCCGGCUCCCAGGCCAUUUUCUCUGGCGUGCUGGCACCUGUGACGAACAACGUGCCUGGAAGCCCUGCUGGGACACGACUGGCUAUGAAGCGGCCGCGUAGCAUUAUGCCCUGGCGCACGCAAAUUGCAGAGCUAGGCACGUACAUCGAGUCUUCGACAGACCCAGUUUUAACGCCUACACGCCGCGCCCUCUUUGGUCGGGCGUUAGAGGGUAUGCAGCCGUCGUUUGCGUCGUGUUAUGCAGAUAGUGCAGCAGAGCUUGCAUCACCAGCACCGAAUGAAAGUGCGACGGUCAUGAUCUGGUUCUAUCACAUGGACCCGGACUUCGUGGCGUGUCUACAGGAUAAGGAGCCACUGGCCCUGAUCAUACUUUCAUACUUUACCGUGUUGAUGAAGACAAUGGAGGAUCGCUGGUUUAUGCGUGGGUGGGUGGAACAUAUCUUGAGUGGAAUCAAGAAGAGCGUUGAUGCAAGGUAUUCCGGAUGGCUGAGGUGGCCGAUGGAGGUGGCGGGAGUAGGCGAAGGAAGAAUGGAUAUCAGUUAUGUCACGGCGUCAAGCUAGGAAGUUUCUGCAACUAGGGAGUUGGGCGUUUGUGUGUCUUAAUUGGACGCAGCAGUCUAGGUUGGAGCGAAGACCUGGACGUUCAUGCACAGCAAGAUUUUGAAUUGUACCAUCAGUAGUGCAAAGGUAAACAGGCGCGACCAUACGCAUCAUUGAUACUGUCAUUAUCAUCGUAAUUACCCCUUCUCUACCAAAAUCACAUAUCUCAACAUAUGCUUCUUAGAGCUCCAUCGCUCUAGCCAUUAUCGAC